CGCCGCGUCCGCGUCCCUCCGGCUCGUGGCAACGCUAGCGCCCUCCGGUCCUCUGUCCUCCUCCGCCACCUCGACGUGAGCUGCGGAGACCGCCCUCCGCAGUCCGUUUGACGUGUGGGGUGGGCCUGGCGGCCGGUGACCGGUGAACGCGCUCUCGCUGCUCACCUGGGCUGUCCACAUCUCCAGCGUCACCAAGUGGGAGAUGACGGGUUCAGAGUUGAUUUAGUGACCAAGAAAACGGAGGAAAUCCACGAGGGAUGAACCAUUUUCCAGGUUCCACUUCUUGGUGUAGCAAUGUGUGCAUGCACGUGGAAUUUCUUCUACAAUUCAUAGUCCCUCGAAGUCCUUGUAAGCCUUCAAGGUGCUCUGACAGUGAUCGGUAACAUAACAAUGUGCAUAGCUGCAUGCCGCAUCUUCAAAGCAUCCCAGGAAGGCUCAAAAAACUUCAUAGGCUGCAAGAUUGGAUCUUACAACCGGUCUGGCAAGGGAUGCUACGCUACACCCCAUUUGAAAGUUGACAUUGCUGCGAGCCUGAGACGGUGGUAGGAGAAAAAACAGUUAGAAGGUUGAUUUGAUUGGCUUUACCUUCUGAAACAUGAUCGUGAGUCGUGACCAAGCUGAAGAAAUACAGAUCUGCAUAUGUCGUGUAAACGCCGGUUAAAAUAACCCUGAAUCCGGUUACAGCCUAGGGCCCGGUUUCCUUCCUUCCAGGAUUAUAUAAUCCAACUUAUAGAUUAUAUAUUCACUGGAUUAUAUAAUCUGGACUGUGGGUCAUAGAAUCCAUUCACUCGAUACAGAGAGAUGCCACUCAUGAGAACGCAACAACAGUUUGGAGCACUGAAUGUUAGUACAAUGACACCAUCUCUCCACCACUGCAAAACCCUGUCCCCGCAAGUUCACCCGUUCAUGGCCAUCAAACCAAUCCUGCCAAAAAAAGGCAUCAAAGUACCUGCUGCUCUCCAUCUCGAGGUGCCACUGGCAUGUGGCCUCAUGAUGCUGAACCCUGAACUCAACAUGGACGUCGCUGUUUGCCGGACGAGGAUCGCACGUGUUCGUGCGGGGGGCCAGUGCCAAUGGCGAAAGCUGCAGCAACGAUGGAUGAUGGUGCUUGUGUGCUCUGUCAAUGUGUGUGUGCAGCAGGGAGAGGUCAAGCGUCGGAAUGAAACCUCCACUCGGCGAAGAUAUGGAUCAAAUGAGUGGACGCGGGACCUGGGCCGGGUCAGUGUGGGGGCGACACGCGUCCCCCAUCGGGGGAGCGUCUGGGGGUGGCAUCGGACGCUGCAGAUCCAGAGCACAGGUGCUGUUGAUCUGAUCUUGAGGUGUCAAACGCAAAUCCUCUUGUGUACCUCCUUGGCUUGCCUUGUGUCAUUGUGUGUGUGUGUAAUGAGUGCAACUUUUGGCCAAAGCUGGGGCGGAGUGGCCCAAAGUGUCUUCCCUGCCCCCAAGUUUUUUCGUCGAGAGAUUCUCGUUUCCAUGAUGGUGUUGUGACGACGCAGUAGCUAACCCGGGGUGCCGGGGCUAAUGGU